AUGGGCGAAAGUGCUAGUUUGAAAGAGGAUCUAAGCAUUUUGAUGGAUAUGUAUCCAGAGUUACUUCUCGAUACAGCGCUGCAGGAAAUUGAGGAGAGUAGCUCCACCCCAAUGAUGGGUUCCCUUCCUUUCAAAAUGUCCUUAUCUGUUGAUCUGUUGGUGGAAUACGAAGAUCAGUGCUUGCCCUUCUCUCAGAUGAUUGACGAUAUGAUAUCUUUUAGCGUUAAACCAUCUGAGUACCCCCAAAACAUCAACUUCUCCAUCGAAUCCGAAUGGAUGUCAGAAGAACAUAUUUCAGUACUUUGUGAGGCUAUUCACUCUGAAUUUGAUCGAUUUGUUGAUCCACAAUCAGAAUUAUAUGACGCUUUCACCCCUUUACUAAUGUUGAUAUUUGGGUUCCUCACCGAGGAUAGUGCGGAAAUUCUAUUUAAUGACGGGAAGCUGAAAUGCCACUCCAAGAAAAUCUACAACAAGUUCGUGAGGCUUUACGAUGAUGUAGAGUGUAAGAAGUUUGAAAGAAGUAACUUUAAUUGUGCUAUCUGCAUGGAAACAAAGAAAGGCACCAAAAUGGUAAAACUCCCGUGCCUUCACUAUUUAUGCAGUGAUUGCACCAAAUCUUAUUUUGCAUCAAUGAUUGAGGGAGGAAAUAUAGACCGAGUACGAUGCCCCGAGUGUAAAUAUCAAGAACUGGACUUUUCGACGUAUCAAGACUAUUCCAAGCUUAAGAAAGACUUAUUUACACCCGCCAUACCUUUUGAAUUCUUCAAUGAUAUUUUGUCCGCUGAGCUUUGUAAAAGAUACAAGGACUCUUUUCACGCACAAAAAGCAGUAAGACUUUCUAAAUACUGUAUGCUCGCAAGCAUUGCUUGUCCAAGAUGUGAUUACUGGUGUAUAAAAGAUGAUUUGAAUGAAACUUUGAUUCAAUGCCCAAACUGUAAAUUCGCUUUCUGCUUCAAUUGCCUUCAUUCUUGGCAUGGCUAUAAUAACAAAUGUGGAAAGAAGCUCAAAAUAGCAGACGAUAUAAUAGAAGAAUAUAUGGAUGCUCUAACAACGGAUCAACGAAAAAAAUCUUUAGAAACCAAAUACGGGAGAAAGAUCCUGGAGCACGGGUGUGGUGAGUAUAUCGCGGAAAAAAUGCUUGAUAUGGCAAUAGCAGAAGAAGGUUCGGAUUUACAAAGAUGUCCCCAGUGUCGACUUGUGGUUCAAAGAAGUGAAGGAUGUAACAAAAUGAAAUGCGCUGUUUGCGAAACGUUAUUUUGCUAUAUAUGUGGCAGCUUAUUAAAUCCAGAAGAUCCAUACGAACAUUUUAGAGAGCCAUUUUCUUCCUGUUAUGGCCGACUUUUUGAAGGAAUGCCUGGUGCAAAUUCUUAG